UUUGUCGUCUCUUCUGACAUCUCUGAAUUCGCUUCUCCUGCUCGACAUGCUUCGCUCGGGUGUCUGUCAAGGUCGGUCUGAUAUUGGUACCAGCUUCCGGGUUUACUGACAUCUUUAAGCGUCCAUAUCGCGACCGUCACACGUACGAUGUAGACCAUCCCUCCGCGUCUCUCGAAGCCUCUCUGCGCCGUGUACUCAAUCACCAUGGCUCAUGCAGGCAGCAACAGUCUCUCGUCAUAUCUCAACCGAGCGAACGUCAACAACGUCUCUAUCGAAAGAAAGACGACCCUCAGGUGUCGUAGAAUAUGCUUUAACAUCACUCGACUCUAUCCUCAAUUGGGCACGGCAAUCCUCCCUUUGGCCUUUGAGCUUCGGACUCGCCUGCUGCAGCAUAGAAAUGAUGCACGUCUCAAUGCCUCGAUAUGAUCAAGACCGCCUUGGCAUCAUCUUUCGCGCAUCCCCUCGACAAGCAGAUGUUAUGAUCGUAGCAGGCACGCUCACCAACAAAAUGGCUCCAGCUCUGCGGAUGUGCUAUGACCAGAUGCCGGAUCCAAAGUGGGUUAUCAGCAUGGGUAGCUGUGCGAACAGUGGCGGAUACUAUCACUACAGCUAUUCGGUGGUCCGAGGUGUUGACCGCAUCGUACCGGUCGAUAUAUAUGUACCCGGCUGCCCACCAACGGCGGAGGCCCUGUUAUAUGGAGUGUUUCAGUUACAGAAGAAAAUGAGGAAAACAAAGGUUACCAGGAUGUGGUAUCGGAAAUAGUGCAUGCCUGAACCUUCGCGCUUUGGCGGCAAUGGCGGGGAAGGCAUAGAACAGGAGACGCAACAUUGAACCGGCUCCCUUCAGUCCACCAGUCCUAUUCUACAUCAAGUCACUGCAACGGAAACCGUCUGCCGCCAUCGCCUAAUGAGCGAGUACGUCUCUGCAAGAUGCAUGCCUCAAUUGGCACGGGGAUGCGGCGGUUAAAUCCUGA